AUGGCUGAUUAUUUUGGAGAAAUGGGUUGGACGCCACUAGAAGAUGGACAAGCACCCGAUCAUUUUUUGCAUUUAGCUCGUCUUUUUAGAGAUUUUAACAUGUUCGAGGAAUUGAACGUUUUGAAUGGAAAAGAACUAGCUCCUCCAGCUUCGAAGAGUAUUGUGGCAGCAAUUCCAAACGAAAACAUAACUGAUAAUGAUUCACAAUGCCCUGUAUGUCUUAAAGAACACGUAAAGGGCGAAACUGCUAAAAAAUUGCCUUGUGGGCACUUAUACCACAAUGAUUGCAUAAUGCCUUGGUUGUCAAAAACAAAUUCUUGUCCAUUGUGUCGAUAUGAAUUGCCUACUGAUGAUGAAGACUAUGAAGCAUGGAAGAGUGAAAAGAAGAGAGCAAAAGAAAGGGAAGCUGAUAUCGAAAAUCUACAUAAUUCAAUGUUUUCUUGAAAAAUAAUGUAGAUUAAUACAUAGUUAAUAUGGAUGAGGGA